UGCUUCCUUAUAUUUUUACAAUUUGCAGCUACCUUGUUUUGUUUACAUUUUGUGUUGGUAUCUUUCUGUUGUAGGAUGCAGGUGGUCAGGCAAUUUAUUUUCUUUCUUGUUUCAACACCUUUUUAGAUAGUUAGGUCAGAUUAGGAAGGACAUUUGCUGGAAGACUCACUCCUUUUGCUUUUCCCUGGUAGCAAGACUGGGCUUGACUUGCCCUGACAUUGGCACGAGGACACCGCUUUUACAUCCUAUGGAUCACUGAGCGAGGAACCGAUGGCUCCACCGCGGCUCACCGGUGCACUCCGCUCCUUCUCAAAUGUCAGCAAGCAGGACUAUACAGAGGACAUCUACGAUUUGAAGUCCAAGCGGUUGAAGAGGCAAGAGCAGCUUUCCAAAGAUGGCCUGACAUGGCAGAAGAUCACACAGUUUUUCAGCCAGCACUUGGAGAAAGGACAGCAACAUGCAGCUCAGGAGGAACUGAAGAAGAUCCUGCAGGCAGCCAGGCAGAUUGUCGGCACGGAGUUCGGUCAGGAGGCGGUGGAGAGCGCCGCCGUCUUCCUGUUCAGGACCUUCUACGGCACGGACCAGGUGGGCCACGAGGAGACGCGCGCCAUCAAGCACAUGUUCGGGCCCUUCCCGUCGACGGCGGCCGACGCCUCCUGCGCCGCCACGGGCCGCCUGGUCGCGCUGAUGGACGAGACGCUGGUGGAGGCCUUCGUCAGGGCGGAGACGGCGCCCCGCGUCGCCGACCGCGCCUCCUUCGGCCGGAACAUCGCCUUCUCCUUCGACAGCUACGCGCUGGACUACCAGGAGACCCCGCCCUGGGGCGAGGACGACGGCCGGCCCGGCCCAAGCUUCAGCCUGGACUUCCACAAGCUCCUCAACAACCAGCAGGACGGGCGGGGCAGAGAGGGCCAGAACAGCGCCCCCGGCAGGCCGGCGCAGGGAAGCGGGAACGGCGACGCGGCCCUGCUCAGGCGGGAGGUGGAGCAGUACCUGUCCGGCGGGAACAUGGACUCGACAAACGCCGAGGAUCUGUGCACCUCCCUGUUCGAGAUGCUGGCGUCCCAAAAGACAGACGACGAGCUCCAAAACGAGCUGUUUGAGCUCCUGGGUCCCGAGGGCUUCGAAAUGAUCGAGAGGCUGCUCCAGCACAGGGCCGACAUCGUGGACUCCCUCCUCACCUCGCUGCCCGACCAACGGCUCGGCUACCUGCCCGAGGCGGCGCGCAAAGGCAGCGGGGACGGCAGCAAGCCGGCGUACGGCUGCCAGGUCACCAUCCAGUCGGAGCAGGAGAAGCAGCUGAUGAGGCUGCAGCGGCGCGAGGAGAAGCGCGAGAGGAAGCGGGAGAAGCGCCCCGACGACGCCGACGCCCCGCCCGACCCCGGCUUCCACUUCGACCCCAAGGAGCUGCGCCUGCACAGGGAACAGGCUCUGCUCACGGCUCGGCGCUCGCCGGUGUUGGGCCGGCAGAGGGAGUACGAGCGAAUCAGGUACCCGCAUGUGUACGACGCCUACGCCGAAGCCGCCAAGACCUCCGCCUUUGUGGGCGGAGCCAAGAUGCUCCUACCAGAGGGAAUCAAGCGAGAGAACAAUAAGAUGUUUGAGGAGGUGGUGAUCCCGCCCAACGAGCCCAUGCCCAUCGGCUUCGAGGAGAAGCCUGUGUACAUCUCUGAGCUGGACGAGGUAGGUCAGCUGGUGUUCCAGGGGAUGAAUCGUCUGAACAGGAUCCAGUCCAUCGUGUUUGAGACGGCCUACAACACCAACGAGAACAUGCUGAUCUGCGCCCCCACGGGCGCCGGCAAGACCAACAUCGCCAUGCUGGCCGUCCUGCACGAGAUCCGCCAGCACCUGGAGCCGGGCGGCGUCAUCCGCAAGGACCAGUUCAAGGUAAUCUAUGUCGCCCCCAUGAAGGCCUUGGCUGCAGAGAUGACCAAUUACUUCAGCAAGAGGCUGGAGCCACUGGGAAUCUCUGUCAAAGAGCUGACCGGAGACAUGCAGCUGACCAAGGGAGAGAUCCUCCGCACACAGAUGCUGGUGACCACGCCGGAGAAGUGGGACGUGGUGACCAGGAAGAGCGUGGGGGACGUGGCGCUGAGCCAGAUAGUGCGGCUGCUCAUUCUGGACGAGGUGCACCUCCUCCACGAGGACAGAGGCCCCGUGCUGGAGAGCCUGGUGGCCCGGACGCUGCGCCAGGUGGAGUCCACGCAGAGCAUGAUCCGGAUCCUGGGCCUGUCCGCCACGCUGCCCAACUACCUGGACGUGGCCUCCUUCCUGCACGUCAACCCCUUCAUCGGCCUCUUCUACUUCGACAGCCGCUUCCGCCCCGUGCCUCUGGGCCAGAGCUUCGUGGGCAUCAAGACUACCAACAAGGUACAGCAGCUUCACGACAUGGAGGAGGUUUGCUACGACAAGGUUCUGGAACAGAUCCGAGCAGGACACCAGGUGAUGGUGUUUGUGCACGCCCGCAACUCCACGGUGCGGACUGCCAUGAGCCUCAUCGAGAUGGCCAAGAACCGCGGCGAGUCCAUGUUCUUCCAGCCAGAUCAGCGCCCAGACUACGGCCAGUGUCAGAAACUGGUCCAGCGCUCACGGAACAAGCAGAUGCAGGAGAUGUUUCCGGACGGGUUUGGGAUUCACCACGCGGGGAUGCUGCGCUCGGACCGUAGCCUGAUGGAGAGCAUGUUCUCUAAGGGCUACCUGAAGGUGCUGGUGUGCACCGCCACGCUGGCCUGGGGGGUCAACCUGCCCGCCCACGCCGUCAUCAUCAAGGGCACCCAGAUCUACGAUGCCAAGCGGGGGACGCUGGUGGACCUGGGCAUCCUGGACGUGAUGCAGAUCUUCGGGCGCGCCGGGCGCCCGCAGUUCGACAAGUACGGCGAGGGCACCAUCAUCACCUCCCACGACAAGCUGAGCCACUACCUGACGCUGCUCACCCAGCAGAACCCCAUCGAGAGCCAGUUCCUGGAGAGCCUGGCCGACAACCUCAACGCAGAGGUGGCUUUGGGGACCGUCACCAACGUGGAGGAAGCUGUGAAGUGGCUGAGCUACGCUUACCUGUACGUGCGAAUGAGGGCCAACCCGCUGGCCUACGGCAUCAAUCACAAAGCCUACCAGAUGGAUCCAGGCUUGGAGCUGUACCGCAAGGAGCUGGUGGUGGAGGCAGGCCGCAAGCUGGACAAGGCCCGCAUGAUCCGCUUUGAGGAGCGGACUGGGUACUUCUCCUCCACGGACCUGGGCAGAACCGCCAGCCACUUCUACAUCCGAUACAACACCAUAGAGACUUUCAACGAGCUGUUCAAUGCCCAGAAGACCGAGGCCGAUAUCCUGAGCAUUGUGUCCAAGGCGGAAGAGUUUGAGCAGGUCAAGGUGCGCGACGAGGAGAUGGAGGAGCUGGAGCAGCUGCUGCACAACUACUGCGAGCUUCCUGUGGCCGGCGGCGUGGAGAACGGCUACGGCAAGAUCAACAUCCUGCUGCAGUCCUACAUCGGCCGCGGCGAGGUGGACAGCUUCUCGCUCAUCUCAGACCUGUCCUACGUCGCCCAGAACACGGCGCGCAUCGUGCGGGCGCUGUUCGAGAUCGCCCUGCGGAAGCGCUGGCCGGCCAUGACGUACCGGCUGCUCAACCUGUGCAAGAUGAUUGACAAGCGGCUGUGGGGCUGGGCCAACCCGCUGCGGCAGUUCUCGGUCCUGCCGGGCUCCGUGCUGGCCAAGCUGGAGGAGAGGAGGCUCACCGUCGACAAGCUCAAGGACAUGAGGAAGGACGAAAUCGGUCACAUGCUUCACCAUGUGAACAUCGGGUUAAAGGUGAAGCAGUGCGUCCACCAGCUCCCCUCCCUCCUGAUGGAGGCCUCCAUCCAGCCAAUCACGCGCACCGUCCUACGGGUGCGGCUGACCAUCACGCCGGACUUCAGGUGGAACGACCAGGUCCAUGGUUCAGUAGGGGAGCCCUGGUGGCUUUGGGUGGAAGACCCGGUCAACGACCACAUCUACCACUCUGAGUACUUCCUGCUGCAGAAGAAGCAGGUGGUGACAGAUGAGCAGCAGCAGCUGGUCUUCACCAUCCCCAUCUUUGAGCCCAUGCCGUCUCAGUACUACAUCCGGGCGGUGUCUGACCGCUGGCUGGGCUCCGAGGCCGUCUGCAUCAUCAACUUCCAGCACCUCAUACUGCCAGAGAGACACCCGCCGCACACAGAGCUGCUGGACCUGCAGCCUCUGCCCAUCACGGCCUUGGGCAAGCCGGAGUACCAGAGCCUGUACAAGUUCACCCACUUCAACCCCAUCCAGACGCAGAUCUUCCACACGCUCUACCACAGCGACACCAACGUCCUGCUGGGGGCGCCCACGGGCUCCGGCAAGACCAUCGCCGCCGAGCUGGCCAUGUUCCGCGUCUUCAACCAGUACCCCACCUCCAAGGUGGUGUACAUCGCCCCCCUGAAAGCGCUGGUUCGAGAGAGAAUAGAGGACUGGAAAAUCAGGAUAGAGGAGAAGCUUGGGAAGAAGGUGGUGGAGCUGACGGGCGACGUCACGCCGGACAUGCGGGCCAUCGCCCAGGCCGACCUCAUCGUCACCACGCCCGAGAAGUGGGACGGGGUCAGCCGCAGCUGGCAGAACCGCAGCUACGUGCAGAAAGUGGCCAUCCUGAUCAUCGACGAGAUUCACCUGCUGGGUGAGGACAGGGGUCCGGUUCUGGAGGUGAUCGUUUCCAGGACCAACUUCAUCUCGUCCCACACCAGCAAGACCGUGCGCGUCGUGGGCCUGUCCACCGCCCUGGCCAACGCCCGCGACCUCGCCGACUGGCUGGGCAUCGGGGAGGUGGGCUUGUUUAAUUUCCGCCCGUCGGUCCGGCCCGUCCCGUUGGAGGUGCACAUCCAUGGUUUCCCGGGGCAACACUACUGCCCCCGCAUGGCCAGCAUGAACAAGCCCGUCUUCCAAGCGAUACGCAGUCACUCUCCUGCCAAGCCGGUUCUGAUCUUCGUGUCGUCACGGCGACAGACCCGUCUGACCGCGCUGGACCUGAUCGCCUUCUUGGCCACUGAAGACGACCCCAAGCAGUGGUUGCACCAGGAUGAGAGGGAGAUGACAGAUAUCAUCGCCACGGUGCGAGAGUCGAACCUGAAGCUGACGCUAGCGUUCGGGAUCGGCAUGCAUCACGCAGGCCUGCACGAGAGGGACAGGAAGACCGUGGAGGAGCUCUUCGUUAACUGCAAGAUCCAGGUGCUGAUAGCAACAAGUACGCUAGCCUGGGGGGUCAACUUCCCCGCCCACCUGGUGAUCGUGAAGGGGACAGAGUAUUUCGACGGGAAGACCCGGCGCUACGUGGACUAUCCCAUCACCGACGUCCUUCAGAUGAUGGGCCGUGCGGGCAGGCCGCAGUUCGACGACCAGGGCAAAGCUGUCAUCCUCGUGCACGACAUCAAGAAAGAUUUCUACAAGAAGUUUCUGUAUGAACCCUUCCCAGUGGAAUCCAGUCUGUUGGCCGUGCUGUCGGACCACUUGAACGCAGAGAUUGCCGCGGGAACCAUCGCUUCCAAGCAGGACGCCCUGGACUACAUCACCUGGACGUACUUCUUCCGCCGCCUGGUCAUGAACCCCAGCUAUUACAGCUUGGAGGACGUCAGCCAUGAAUCCAUCAACAAGUUCCUCUCUAACCUGGUGGAGAAAAGCCUGCGGGACCUGGAGAGUUCCUACUGCAUGGCGAUAGGAGAGGACAACCACACCAUCGAGCCCCUGACGCACGGGCGCAUCGCCUCGUACUAUUACCUCAAGCACCAGACGGUGCGCAUGUUCCACGAGCGGCUGAAGCCCGAGUGCUCCCUCCAGGACCUGCUCCUCAUUCUCACGGACGCGGAGGAGUAUGCUGAGCUGCCGGUCAGACACAACGAGGACCAGCUGAACAGCGAGCUGGCUCGCCGGCUCCCCCUGGAGGUGAACCCCCACUCCUACGACAGCGCUCACACGAAGACCCACCUGCUGCUGCAGGCCCACUUCAGCCGCGCCACCCUGCCCUGCAGCGACUACGGCACCGACACCAAGACCGUGCUGGACAACGCCAUGCGCAUCUGCCAGGCCAUGCUGGAUGUAGCAGCCAGUGAGGGCUGGCUGGUCACUGCGCUCAGUGUGUGUAACCUGGUGCAGAUGAUCAUUCAGGCCAGGUGGCUCCACGACUCCUCUCUGCUCACCCUGCCCCACAUUGAGCAGCAGGACCUCUACCUGUUCAGGAAGUGGAGCCCCGGGAAGGCGAUGGGCGGGGCCAGAGGAUUCCAGGGCCCAAUCGAGGGGCUGCCCGAGCUGAUGGCGGCCUGCGACGGGCGGGAGAGCGCCUUCGCCGCCAUCGUGGGGGGCGGGCUGCAGCAAAGCCAGGUUUCCCAGGCCUGGGCGUUCCUCAGCCACCUGCCGGUGCUGGAGGUGGAGAUGAGGGUGAAGGGCUGGUGGGGGGAGAGCCAGGAGCAGAGCGAGCGGCUGCUGCCCUCCGCCGUGGCCAACAUCCGCAACCAGAAGAGCUGGCUGGACAUCCACGCCGACCAGGAGUACGUCCUGCAGGUCCACCUGCACCGCCUCAACACGGGCGGCCAGAAGAGGAGACAGGACAGCCGGGCAAUGGCCCCUCGCUUCCCCAAGCUGAAGGACGAGGGCUGGUUCCUGGUGCUGGGAGAGGUGGAGAAGAGGGAGCUGCUGGCCGUCAAGAGGGUGGGGUACGUGCGGAACCGCAGCACCGCCUCCGUCGCCUUCUUCACCCCGGAGAAGACGGGCAGGUGCAUCUACACCCUGUACCUGAUGAGCGACAGCUACCUGGGCCUGGACCAGCAGUACGACAUUCACCUGAACGUGACGCCGCCCAGCGUCUCCGCCCAGGUGACCAGCGAGGUGUCGGAGAGCAUGGACAGCCUGGCCGUGGGCGGGAGCUCUUAGCAGGCGGCGGAGCGCGGGCGGGGCCAACCAGGACGCGAUUACGGGGAUGAUGUCACAUUGGUGAUGUCAUAAUGGGAGAACAGGGCCUGCGUUGCAGUGACUUUGCCUUAGCAGAGGUCGUUGAGGCUGACCUCAGUGACACAGGGAGAUUUGGUGUGUGUGUAGGGUGGGGUUUUGGAGCUUUCUACCACACGCGGGGGUGGAUCGUAGCGCCGCAAACUUACGUUAUUCUCCUUCUGAACAAACUGUAUGCUCACACCCCACGCACCCUUAGCAUCAGCUCGGCAGUGUAGACUCAGUUCCACAGGCACUUCUGUCCUCUAGCCCAGCGGGGUCUCGCAUGCCCACACAUUAGCGGCCAAAACGAACAGAAGUCGACUUUACUCGAUCACGUUCAGUCUGGACUGUGGAAUGUUUCAGUUUCAGUUGUUCAGUGCUGAUUGACCAAUAUGGCAUUUUACUGAAAGGUUUGCAUUGUUUCUGUGGGUGCUCAUAUUAAACUUGUGUGUUCUUUUUUUUUUUGGACAGUGGACUAGUUCCAUUAGUACGCACUCUUAGCAUUGCGUGCCUGAUUCCAUUCAUUAAAUAUUCACGUAAAAACAUUCAUCCUGAAAAUUUAAGUUCCGUGCAACUUCUCUUAUUUAUGAUUUUUUUUUCCUGGUUUUUCCUCCGAAUAUAGGUGCAUUUGAAGUAUAAAGUGUCUUUUUGACAGGCCAUAAAAAAAAUAAACUAUAAAACAGCGCUUGAUUUGUUUCUGGUAAAUCUAAUAUGUCGUUUGGAGAGAAGCACGAUUGUAAAAUAUUUAGGUUUGGUUUGAAAUAUCUUUUAGCUGCGGUUUAAGGAUCGUAACUCUGGUGCACAUAGGAUUGGAGUCACAGACCCGAGUCGGGGGGUUGUGGGGGAAAUUUAUAGCGUUGCCUCGCCAAACACGGGAAACCUGGAUGCAGUUAUUUAACGCGGGGUUAAGGAAUGCAGGCCAGGUGUGUGGGUCAUGCUUUGCUCCAUGUGCCAAACUAUGACAUCUGCUUGGAAAAUUAUUCGCUGGUUCUGCGGUGUCCAUAUUGUUACUGACCCACAGUCCCUUCGUGUGGUGGCUCUCUUCCUUUAGAAUCAUUCUCGAAAUGGCUCUCGGUGUUGCUGCACAAACAGCCAUAAUUAUAACCCCCCCCCCCCCCCCUCCCAUACACACAUCUUUGAAUUAAAAUCUCAAAAUGUUAAAUGGAAUUUUAAGCGGUAGUACAUGUUCAUUUUGUACUGCUGGCUGUACUGCAAUAUGUAGGAUCAUUAUUGGAAUAAAAUUUACUUUGAAAGCA